CAUACAUGCAGGUCCAGAAACGACAUGCAGUCCUCAAUUCCCACGCCGUCACGCUACAGUGAAGACAUCCAUUUCGUCGGCCAUAAAUGCCUCACUGCCCCCAAACACAGCGUUGCCAUGGUCUCUCACUCCCACAUAGUCCUCAGGCACGACACGGCUGGGGAUCCAGUGACAACAGCUGCGCAUAUCACUAGCAGCGCCACCCUCAUAGCCCAACCACAGCCACCCACCGAGCCUCACCUUCGCCCCAUCCGCUGUCCUCUCCCGCCCGGCCACCUGCACUGGCAGCCAGCCCUCCCCCAUUUUGGUAGGUCCCUUGGUGAAGUGGCCGGCCUGAGAGAAAUACCAAACAUCACACCAGUAGUCGUUGUAGCCUGUUGGGUCGUCGGGCGGCCAGAUGCCGUCACUGAUGAAGGCGCUGAAGACGUACUUGUCCUUGCGGAUGACAAACACUAGGUUCUUCGUGUCACCCGCACACCGCAGGAAGUCGCCAUACAAUGGCCCGUCACGAGAAGCCCUGAAAAUAGGAGAAAGACGAGAGAGAGAGAGAGUCAAACGACGGACGAUAUAGGACACCUGUAGAUGAGCUUCAGUGUGUUUCCAGUUGUCGCUCCGAUGAACCGAUAGAGUGCCGCCGACUGGAGUGGAUCAAAAGUUGCACCCUCGAUCACCUGCAAUCAAAUCAACAGAACACCGAUACCGCUCUCCCUCGCUGAUGUCUGUGUUUAUGACCUUGAGUGAGAGCAGUGAUCGGCCGUCGACAUGAAUGACUUCCACUUCAUCAGCCAUGAAGUACUUACUGCCCCCAAACACAGCACGGUAAUGCUUAACCCUCACCCCACACGUGGUGAAUGUUUCAUUAUUCAUGCGCAU